AAGAAAAGGAACAAUAAAUGAAGAAAGAGAAUAUCGAAAAUGUCAUCCAAGGCCAGACCCAUUGAAAAGUUCGCUAAAACCACUGCGAAGUGUCCUGCAGAGCUGGCUACAUAUGGCAGAUGCAUUGCUGCUGACUACAAUGGGGUGCACAAGGACAAGUGUGCUCAGGAGUUUAUGCAGCUGAAAAACUGCUUUUUGGCGGCAUCGAAAAAGGGUUAGAAACCCAUAUGGGAUUUUCAAUUCAAGCAUGGACCAGGCGCAUAAAGGGGCUAUUUUACUUAAAUUUAAUUCAUUGUCUUGAAGAACCCAGUGCUACGGUGCAAUCUUGAUAUACAUAUUCUCUCUUCUGUUCUUCUGUGA